AUGGCCGUGCUACCAGAGAUGUCGGCGACUACGGAAGAAGUUACGAUUGAGGACAUUCAGAUCGGUGAUCCCGAUGUGCCUCUCACCACAGAUCAACACCGGCUCAGAUCGCUGAUCUGGAAGAGCCGUCACCUCCUCAUGGGUAAAGGUAAUGCUCUACCACCACCAGCACGAGGCGCGAUCUGUGAUAUUGAUGUCGGUGGGGCAGCGCCGAUAGCGCAAAGAGUGCGUCCGGUCGCACCCAAAUAUCGGGAGAAGCUGUCAGAUCUCAUCAAAGGACUAUUAGCAGCCAAAAUCGUUCAGUCAUCCACGUCACCUUGGGCGUCUCCGAUAGUGGUGAUCAUCAAGAAGUACGGAGUGGAUAUUCGCCUUUGCAUUGAUUAUCGAAGAGUGAACCAGCUGACGCGUCUGAUGGUUUAUCCCAUGCCGUUGAUCAGCGAUCUGUUGGAAGAUCUGGAUAAAGCUCUAUGGUACUGUUCGCUAGACAUGGCUAGUGGAUUUUGGGUCGUCGAAAUGACUGAACGAGCAAACUGA